CUGCACCAGGUGGUUGACAUUUCAUCCGCAUCGACGUCACUGAGAGCCAAAACACCUCCAGAAAGCUACUAACCAGGGCUCAAGGAUCCAGAAUGGCAGCCAUGCGAUUAGGUCUUUUGGUUUUAUUAAUUGCAGCAACCGUUUCCAGCUUCACCAUAGCGAAUGCUGAAGAUUCUUCAAAAAGUGAAGAGCACUCCAACAAAGACACUUCCGUCAGUACAGAUGACAGCAGUCAAGAGGACAGUAAAGAGAAAAGAUCACGGGAAGAAAUCAUGUUCGGCAACCAACAAAACAAGCCAAACGGACUAGUUGAUGAUCUUAUGGGCAUGUCGGAUAACACAGAUGACGACGACGACAGUCUGCCGGAUAAGAAAUCAAGCGCACCAUCAGAUGACCAAAAACAAGAUGAUUCAGAGAAUGACGACAAGAAAAGGAGUCCCCACCACGACGGGAGCAAUGAUAUGAUGAUGGAGUCAGGAAAUUCAAAUUGGUAUAACACAGUUCCUGUAUCAUCCAGUGCAUUACAGUAUUUAGCAAAUACACCCACACUACAGAGCAUGCCCACAGAAGACUUCACCAACAGUCUAUAUGACCAAGAAGAUUUGUACCGCCGGAAGAGACAUUUGAUGGAACGAAGAAUUCCUCUGCGCAAGCGCAGCUUGAGGAGUUCUCUGGGACAGAUGAUCCAGAAACGAGGCAUCCGGAUGCCCAGGAGAUCUAUGAGGUUGAAGAGACAGGUGGACAUGGGAGAUCUGCUCUCUCUGUUCGGCAAUGAACGCUACUACGAAGAUCAAUCCGCAGUGACUCCUCAAAGCUCCAAGGACAUUGAACAAACGAAGGACAAGCGUCAUGUUCCCGGGAGAUUCAGCGGAUAUCCAGAGACCCCAUCCACCGAGUUCCGAUAUCCGGCCACCUUUAGACACAGGGAUGGAGGAAUCUUGUCAUCAGCGAACGAAUUCGAUGAAAACAAUGAAGAAAUGGUGGAUGGAGACAACGUUGUCGACAUCGACGAUCUGAUGCUUUUGCCACCCAACGCCAGAUACCUUGAGACACCUGAAGUGGAGACUAUGCUUCCAUACAGGACUCGCGAGGAAGAGAACGAAGCCAUCCAGAAGUGGCUUGCCCGUCAUACCACUCCGAAUGUGUUCUCCGUUUCCAGGAGAUCUUCGCCCCUGUUCUACCCAAUGGAUUACCGUUACAUUCCCGGAUUCAGGAAGCGUUCCAUUUUUGGGAACCGCAUGGGGAGCAAUCGUUUCGCCAUGGAGGAUGUCGAAGAUCAAGAACCUGAUUUCGGAAAGUGGGGACGCGUGGUUCAAGUUCCCGAGACAUACGCUUCUCCAGAAGAUGUCGCACGUCUGUACGGAUUGGCCAACCUUAUGGCCGAGGGAGAUGAAAAUGAGGCCAAGAAGAAACGUAGGACUUAGAAGAAGGUGGGACUAAGUCCACACGUGUGACUUCAGUGCACCGUGGAGUGCGUAUUUGUAUAAAUGUGCAUCUAAUUAUUUUAAUCCGAAGUUUGCUAUCGGUUCCAUGCCUCGUUCUGAGAUUAAAACAAGUUAAACAAAAACAGUUUCCUACCGUUGUAUCAUAUAACGAUUCGGUGAAAAAAAAAAUGAAAGUUGUUUUAAGGAUGCAUAUCCAAUCACCACUUGAUGGAUGAAAAGAAAUUUGUCGAAAUAUCCAAUGCUUAGUAAAAUUAUACCUGCUUAAACCUGGAUGAUCAAAUGCAAUAAAAUUUGCUUUGAAAACAUUUGCUAUACUUUCAGAAAAGUGCAAAUAUAAGAUGCUGUUUAAAAAUUGUAUUUUUAUGUAAAAAGUAUUAUCCAAUGAAAAAUUAAAAGCUUUUUUUAUUCAAUACGUCACCAAAAAGAAAGAAAGUAAAAGUUUUUAAAACUUUAUUUUAAAUACUUUUCUCUCUAUUUACUAAGCGCUAUGAGUAAAUGAAAUUGAUUAAAUUUCCGCAUUUAUUUGCCCUUUUCUGCACUGAUAAAUCCUUCGAUAAGUAAUUCAAUUAUAGCUUAAUUUUCAGCAAAGAUUGAAUUAAUCAGGGAGAAACUUCAACUCCCCUGUACCUCUAAAUUUGUCCCUGUACUGUAUAAGAUUAAAAAAUGUUUCAAAUUUUUGAGCGUACAGUAGAAACUCGAUUAACCGAUGUAAUCAGGAACAGAUUACUUUCCGGAUAAUCAAUUGCGAGAACUCUGGAUAAUCGGAAUGAGACCAUAUUAACUUUAGGUCUAGAUUGAAACAAGUUUUUGAUAAUGUUACUAUAAUAAUAAACGAUAAAAAAUUAAUACUAAGUGUCACAGAAGCCAGGAAAUGCAGUGUAAAAUUAAAAAGAUAAAAUACAGCAAAUUUUUACAAACUGGUAGCUAAAAUUAAUGUAGCUCACCCCCGUUUGGCUGUUUGUAUAUUGCUUGUAGUUAACUUUAUGUUUUGUUUUUGAACUUUGAAUAAAAAAUACGUAACUGAAAAAAGAAAAAAUAAAACAUUACUUAACUUUCAGAAUCUAUCAUCUUUGAAUGCAAUAGCAUGUUUAAAAUAAAGUUAUGCACCGCGUUUUGAAAAUGUGGUGGUGUGUUUGGAAAAAAGAAAGUUAUCAAAAUACACCGAUAGUUGAACUACAGAAGGAAUAAUUGCCUCUUGACUGCUUACUUACCAAAAAAAAAAAAACUUUCUUGGUAAUCUACACCGAUUAAGCGAGGUUCCGAUUUGACAAUUAAAAAAAAAGUUCUGGAUAAUCGCGGUACAGAGGAAAACAGUUCCGGAUAAUAAAUAUAUCAAUUUCAAAAAAACGUUCCAGAUAAUCGAGGUACCGAUAAACACAAUUCCGGAUAAUCGAGGAACAGAUAACAACAGUUUCGGAUAAUCGAGGUACCGAUAAAACAGUUUCAGAUAAUCGAGGUCCUUAUAAAACCAGAUCCGGAUAAUCGAGGUUCUACUGUUCAACUGUUUCAAAUUUUAUGCGUUGAUGGAAAAUGCAACAUCUACAAAAGUUUCAGGUAGUUAAUUCUUGAACUCAUUUAGCACUGCUUAUCUAUUUUAAAAUCACUUACACUCAACUCAAAAUCAAUUUUAUUUACACAGAUUUCUGUAAAUUGAUGAAAGUAGUUUUGAUAAUGUCAAUUAAAGCUUUAUUGUAUUAGAGUAGUUAUUUCUUGCUUUGUGCUGGGGACUCUGCUAUAACAUCAUUCUAAUAUCUACAUGUGACUUCUGUGAGAGUUGGUUUUCGUUUUGAGCAUACAUUUUAGUUUAAUGUCCUUCAUCCUUGUGCUCGUUUGGCGUUUCAAUGAGAAAAAAUGGCUUCGAAUCGGGCAAUUUUUAACACUUUCUUUUGGGAUUUUGUGCUUGCUAAUAGAUUUAUCAAUAAAUAUAAAUUAAGAAAUUAAUUGUGUAUAUAAUAUAUGAUAUAUUAUAAAUGGAAAACAAUAAUAAUUUUUUAAGACAUGAAGAUGUUAACUGUAAGUAUUUAAGUUUUUUUUUAUCUUUGUGAAAUCGUUUGCCAAAUCAAACAUGUACUAAUGAACUAUUAGGAUUCAUGAUUCAUACAAAUUGUUUGGAUAAAAAAUCAAUUACUAAAAAGGCAAAAUUAUGAAUUCAAGAUGUGCAAUGUCAACAUUCUUAAAAAUUAGUUGGAAAAAUACUAUUUAACAUCAUUGCUCAAGGCAGCACAAAAUCAUGAAGCACUAUAAUAGAUCUUCCUAUUAAAAAAACCCUUUUACAAUAUGCUUUAUUUGUAAGGAAGAAAAAAAUUGAGAGAAUAAGGAGAGAAACUUUGAGAGAAAGAAAAGUAUAAAAAUUAACUAAUUUAUAUAUAACUUGUUAUGAAAUAUCAAAGAUGUAUUUAUUGAAAUGCUGUUUGUAUCAUAAAUACAUUAUGUAAAAAAUAAUUAAAAAAUCAAUAUCUUUAAACUAAAAUUGACACAAUUCGGUAGAAAAUAUUGGAUGAAAGGAGUUAAGAUACAAAAUCAGAAGCAAGAACAUAUCUCCCAAAAAGUCAAACUCGCACUUUUUACUUCAUGAAUUUAAUGUACAAGAAAAUAUAUAUCUUUCUAUAUUCUUUAAAUAUUGUUUUUCUCAUUUUUUCAAAACGUAGAAUAGUUUGUAUAUUUUUAGAAUUCAUUUACAUUUUCAAUAUUAUUAAUGCAUUAUUCAAAUUUAAAUUUAUGAUUCAAGUGAAACCAUAGAAAAUAUCAACUUUACAGUUUUUUAUUGUACAAUUGAUCUAUGCUAUGAAAAACCCCACAGUGAAGAAUUUAAAGCUAAAACCUGCUUACGAAAAAAUUAACAAUUGGCGAAACAAAGAGAAAUAAUUUAGGGCUAUUCCAUGGCAAAGUCGUCAUUUUGUUCCGAACGUGACAGAUAAUACAUAUUUCAGAAAAAAAUUUUGUUUAAGAAAUCAAACAUAGGUUUGUGAUAUCUUGAGUAGCAAAAUUUUAUUUAUCACCGGUUAAAAUUAUUUCUACUGAAAUACAUGAGCUGUACAUGCGGGACAAAACAUCUGUUUUCCUUCAAAUGUCCCUUUAAAGCAAUUUUUCUUUGUAAAAGAUAUUCCAUUUGAUUUAGUAUGAAAAAACUCGUAAAUAAAGGAAAUAUUUUUUUAAAUAGCUGAAAACAUAUUUUUUAAGGUAACCAAAAAAAUAUAUUUUGUGCUCUGAUUGAUACAAAUAGGAUGCCAAAUCCAGAGACGGGUGACUAAAAUACAUGCGCCAAAAAUAUUUGCUUAUUCAAAAACUAUACGCAUAAUAUGUGUGACAUGCUUACGUGUUGUCAUCAUCCAGCAAAAGAGAAAGGUGCAAUAUUAAAAAGAAGUGUUUCCCACUUUCUGUAUAACUGAAUUUCUACGCAUAUCACUGUUACUGAUACCCUAAUGAUUUAAUAAGUUCUAUGUUGUGAGUUAAACCCUGUUCAUAUUUGAUUGUUCAUACUGUAGUUUACUGUGUCUCGGGAGUUACCAAUGAAAGAACAAAUAUUGGUGAAAUGAACUGUAUAUGUGUGCGUCUUUUGAAGAGUGAAGAUAUAUUAUGUUCAUUGUUCGGAAAUAAGUUACAAUGCAUUGGAGUUUAUGAAAUAAAUUUAAUUUGUGUUUCCA